UAACUUUGUUCCCAAGCCUAGAACCUCUCUAGUCUGUCCACCUCUUCUUAUAUUUCCAACAAAUUUACAUAACCAUCACGUUAAAGUUAACUACUCUUCCCAUUAAUUCGUAAGAAUUCAUCAUAAUCCAACAUCAUGCCGAUCUUUGGGGGAUCUUCUGAUUCUGAAGAAGAAAGAACGAUGCAUCAACAAACUAAGCUCUUCAAUCGCCAACGAUCAAUUCACUCUAUAUUCGGAGGAGGCAAAGUUGCGGAUAUUUUGUUAUGGAGAGAGCCGAAAAUAGCUGCAACACUGGUGAUAGGAGUUAGUCUCUUAUGGUUCUUAUUGGAAGUAGUGGAAUACAAUUUCAUAACCCUAGUUUGUCAUGCUUCCAUGACCUCUAUGCUUCUUUUCUUCAUUUGGUCCACUGCUUCCGAUUUUCUCAAUUGGGAAAGGCCAAUCAUACCAGAAGUGGUGCUCGACGAAUCGUCUUUCAAGGAAUUAGCAACAAGCUUUCAUGAUAGAUUCAACCAAAUCCUCUCCAAGCUUCUUGACCUUGCUUGUGGAAGAGAUCCUCCACUCUUUUUCCUCACAACAAUCUCACUUUACAUCCUAUCCGUCAUCGGGACAUGUAUCAACUUUAUGAAUCUUCUGUUCAUAGGGUUUGUAAGCAUGCAAACAUUGCCGGUUAUGUACGAGAUGUACGAGGAUGACGUGGAUAGAGUGGCGAGUAUGUUAAUGAGAAAGAUGAGAAAGUUGUACAGGAAAGUGGACUCGAAUGUUCUCAGCAAGAUCCCAAGAGGAACUGUCAAAAGCAAGAAAUAUGCUUAAUUUUUCAUUGGUUACUCACUGAUGUAAAAUAUAAUUUAUAUGCAUAGAGAGACAAUUAUUUAUAUAGUUACCGUAAAACAAGUUUUAAU